CUGCCUGGGAAAUCCGUCACCAUCACGUGCGCUAGUUCACGGCGGGACACGGCGGGGAGGUUUCAGUUGAGAAAAGACUCCAACCUUCUCACAAGCAGCACGGGAAAUCACACAACCUUCAACCACCGUGUCACAGAGUUAGGGGGCAGACAUGGACAGCACAUACACCUGCGUCAUGUUGGUGCACGUCUCCGCUCGGUGGCUCGCGUCCCCUCCAAGCGCAGCGGUCCAUAUACGUGUCACAGAACUUCCGCAGCCACCGACCAUCUCCAAGACACCUGACUAUCCCGUGUACGUGCCUGGGGAAUCCGUCAACAUCACGUGCGCCAGUUCACAGCGGGACACGGCGGGGAGGUUUCAGCUGAGGAAAGACUCCAACCUUCUCACCAGCAGCACGGGAAGUCACACGAACGUCACCCACCGCAUCACAGACUUAAGGGCAGACGUGGAUAACAACUACACAUGUGUCAUGUUGGUGCACGCCUACGCUCGGUGGCUCUCGUCACCUCCGAGCCCUGGGAUCCACAUUCGUGUCACAGAUCCACCUUCUCGUCCCAUCAUCUCCAAGAGUCCAGAUCAUCUAGUUUACUUCCCUGGGGAAAGAAUUACAAUGACGUGCAGAGUUGGGAGACUGGGCGAGGCUGGGCUGUUCCUAUUGAUGAAAGAUUCCAUGCCGCUUACUAACAGCACAGAAGUGCAAAGCCAUUUCACCUAUCACAUGGUAGAAAUCAACAGAAGCACCGUGGGAAACUAUGCGUGCUUUUUCCUGACUCAAGUCAACGGUCGAUGGAUAAGGUCCCCCGUCGGUGAACCACUUCGAAUCAUUGUCACAGAACCGUCAAAUCCGCUCUUUAGUGUUGACUCCCCCGAUGUUGAGGUCGGAGGUAGCAUCACCUUCGAGUGCGCUUGCUCAGAUGUCCAUACGGAGACUACCGCCGUCUUGCAGAGAUCUGGAGAAGAUGUCUCAGACGGCUGGGAGGUCUUGGGGAAGGGUGGCUCUUUGACGUUCAAGAUGGACAACGUGACUCUCUCCGAUGGAGGGGAAUACUCAUGCAUCUGUAGGCUAGUCGUCAACGGAAAGGUGUCAACGUCAGCGGCCAGAGCACGUAAGCGGGUGACCGUAAAAGACAAUGUGUGGAUUAAGAUAAUGACACAAUACAGCCCGGUGAUUGCUGUGGGGAUUUUACUGCUGUUCACAGCUGCUGUAAUUCCUAUUGCAAUUAUAAUCAAGAGGAAAAAAGGGAAUGAAGUCCAUUUUUACGACUUAAACGCAACUAAUACUCCAUGUUCGGCAGAGACAACCUUAUGAAACAUGAAAGUGCAAUUUGAUGGGCUUUUUCUACUUCAUAGUCAUGCAGCGUGGAAAAAAGCCCUUCGGCCCAACUGCACCCUUUCCAGCUUGAAACCACAAUCACAUCUGCCUGCCUUCAAGAAUUUAAAGGCCGCUCAAGACUCGUUAAGCCAUAAACCACAAGCAGUCAUGCAGCUAACCAUAGUCAAUAACGUCAUAGAGGCACACAGCAUGGAAACAGGCCCUUUGGUCAAAUUCGUCCACGCCAACCAACAUGUUCCAUCGACACUAGUCCCAUCUGCCUACGUUUGGCCCAUAUCUCUCUAAACCUCUCCAUGUGCCUGUCCAAAUGUAGUUUAGACAUUGUGAUAGUACCUGCAUCAACAACCACCUUUGGCAGCUCAUUUCACAGACCCACCACUCUCUGUGUGAAAAAAGUUGUCCUUCCUGUUCCAAUUAAAUCUUCCUCCUCUCACCUUUAACCUAUGUCCUCUAGUUGUUGAUUCCCAACGCUGGGUAAAAUACUUUGUGCAUUUUACCAUAUCGAUUCCUCUCAUGAUCUUACACACUCUAAUAAGAUCACCCCUCAUCCUCCCGUCCACCAAGGAAUAAAGUCAUUGGCUGCUCAACCGCUCCCUAUAGCUCAGGCCUUCAAUUCCUGGCAACAUCCUCGUAAGACUUAUCUCCACCCACUUCAGCUUGACGAUAUCUUUCCUGUAACAGGGUGAUGAAAACCAAACACAAUACUGCAAAUGCAGUCUCACCAACGACUUAUACCACUGCAACAUGAAACACAAACUUGUUACAAUACUCUAACUGCUAAAGGCCAAAGUGCCAAACAUCUUCUUGGCUUCCCUAACUGGUGAUGCAUAACAGGGAGUUAUAUACCCACAUCCCUCUGCUCUGCUAAACUCCCUAUCUACCGGUGAUGCCACUUUCAGGUAACCAUGUACCUGCACACCUAGAUCCCUCUGCUCUCAAACACUGCUCUAGGACACUGCUAUUCACUAUGAAGCUCUUGACCUGAUUUGAUGUAAUGCUCAUGUAAGUUACUUUAAUUCACCUUUCCAAUAUCCACAUUUUUUUAAACAGACGACCACAAGACCUAGGAGCAUCAUGAGUCGUUCGGCACAUCAAGUCUUCUUCGCCACUUGAUCAUGGCUGAUCUAGAUUUCCCUCUUAUCCCCAUUCACCUGCCUUCUCCUCGGAACCGUUGACGCCAUUUUUAAUUGAUAACCUAUCAAUUUCCGCUAUUAAAUAUACCUAUUGAUUCGGCCUCCACUGCCGGCUGUGGCAAUUAAUUCGACAUUAUCACCGCCGUCUGGCAAAUAAAUUCCUCCUCACCUUUCUUAAGAAAUGUCAUUUUAUUCUGAGGUUCUGCCAUUUGAUUCUAAACUCUCCCACAACUGGAAACACCCUCCCCACAUUCACAUCAUCCAGUCCUUCCAUUAUUGGGUACGCUUUAAUUAGGUCCCCCCUCAUGCUUCUAAACAUUAGCGAGUCAAGGCCCAAUGCCUUUAAACGCUCAUCAUACGUCAAACCAAUCAUCCCUGGGAUCAGCACCGAAACCAUCUUCUAGACGUCCUCCCUCGCCAGCAAAUAUAUCGGGUCCAAAACUUCCCGCAAUUGUCCAAAAGACACAAAGCAGAAUGAGGCCAUUUAGCCCAUAGAGUCUACUCCGGUAGAUAGGGAGUUUCCCAUCACCGGUAGAGAGGGAGUUUAGCAGAGCAGAGGGAUGUGGGAAAUAAUAUAUGAUUACAAUCGAGCCAUUUACAGUGUACAGAUACAUCGUGGGGAAUAAUUUUUACUGCAAGGUUUAGCCAAUAAAGAUAGACCGCGAGUCUACUCCGGCAUUCAUUCAUGACUGAUUUAUCUUUCCAAAUCAACCCCGUUUUCCUGCC